UUCUUAUUACAGACUACAAACUACAGGCUACAGCCGCCACUAUAUCACUGGAAUAUUUGAGAGAAUCAGAGAAGACCCAAAUCAUGAUCUUCGUUGAUGGGCUUCCAUUCUCUCCUCGUUAUUCUUCAACAUCUCAGGGAAAGGAUAUUCUACUUGUUCUGUUGGAAAAUCCCAUUUUGGUAUCAGCCUCGAACUCUUUCAAAGCUAUCCCAGAGAGGAAGUUCUCAGUGUCUGAAGACUCUACUCUAGAAAGAUCAAAAUGGGUUUAUAUAUUCCAAAGAGAAUAUGCUACUGUUGACCCUGCAGUUGUUGAGUUUGUUGGCACUGAUGAAGCAACAACUUGUGUUGGCCUUGUUAUUCGGAAUCGAAGGAAUGGAAUGACAUCAGUUGCUCAUAUGGAUUCACCAAAAAUUGUAGAAAUGGGCCUCUCUCAAAUGCUAUCACAACUAGUUGAUGGCUUGGACACUGAGUUCGAUGUGCAUCUAAUUGGUGGUUUUGAAGAAGUUUCGCUGCAGCAUGCUAAGGCUAGCACUGAAUCAGAAGCCCAAGCAGAAUUCGGUGAUCAUUCCUUUCCUUUGUGCACGAAAAUUGUUCAGACUUUAUGGGCAAAAGAGGAGAAGUUUCACAUUCGGACUAUUUGUGUUCUUGGACAUAAUACCAGAAGGGAUUCCAAUGGAACUGCUUACCCGUUGUUCAAUGGAUUUGUGGUUGAGACUACUUCAGGAAAUAUCAUCCCUGCAAGUUUUCAUACAAGUACCAGAUGCCCAGAUGAAAUUGUCAGAAGAAUACGAGUAUCUGCUUCUUAUGAAGAUACCAGUUGGAAUGGGAAGUUAAUAGAGACAUAUGAUACUGCAACUGACCAGUUUCAAAUUGCUCCUUGUAGAUGGACUCAUCGCCAGUACUAUGCUGCUUUAUCGCUUCUGCAUUAUACAGAUUCGGAAAUUCUUUCAAUAUGCUCUACCUCACCUACCGCCGAGGGCCCAGAUUUUGUGGACAAUUUGAAAAGGCAGUGGAAUUAUUUGAUUGCGCAUCCAUACUGGACAGACACCUUUCCGGAGAAGCAGCCUCGCGUUUUUGAGAGAACUACCGAUGGAAGGUGGAGAAGAUGUUGACAAAAUUCUAAGGUUGCUUGAUGUGGUAUAUGCAUAUCAACAAUUAUACUGAAAUGUUACCCUAAGUUUCAUCUAUCUCCCUAGCAAAUGAGUUGCCAAAUAGCAAAGAUGUCAACGAAUACACGGUUAAAAUUUAUCUUGGGAAAAUAUCUCUGGGAAAGAACCCUUGGACCAUGUUUGAGCUCUUAGAAAUGGUUUAGGGUGUGUGGUUCAUCAGUAUUUUCACAUUCUUAGGAUUAUGAACUUGGGAAUAUUAGCUUUAUGUCCUUUCUUGCUUUUAAAGUAAAAGAUAAUAAAAAUUUGGUUUC